AUGCGGCAGUGGACUUUAGGCAUUAAUAGCUUGCACAAUGCGGCCAAAUGUGGGAUGUUCGGGCCAAGAAUCAGCCGCUCAGCUGUAACUUCAAGUGUAAGAAUGGUUAGUACGACUUCACGAGGCCUCACGAGGACAAGAAUUACAGAUCAAGUGAAUAGCCUGAAGAUGUUAAAACAAAUAAGAUGGCAACAUAGCGAUGUGCCAAAAUCGAAGCAAACUCUGACUCAAGGAGAACAGAAUUCUUCAGGCUGGAAAGACAUUAAACGGCUAUUUCAAUUGGCUAGGCCAGAAUCGAGAUCUAUGUUUUUCGCGCUAGCUCUGAUCAUUAUAACAAGCUCUGUGAGUAUGUUGGUUCCCAGUGUGAUCGGAAAGCUCAUGGACGCAGCAAAAGAAGACAAACCUGAUUCAAACGGUGUGGAUGAUACGAAUGCAGAUGAGCUGAUGAAGAAAAACUUUUUCGGUCUAACAAUGCCUCAAUUCUACGGCACACUGUUCCUGGUAUUUGUUGUAGGGGCCGCGGCCAACACAGGUCGGAUUGUGAUCUUGAAGGUCACUGGUGAAAAAUUAGUUGCUCGUUUGAGGACAAGAACGCUCAAGGCUUCGCUGCAACAAGACGCCGCUUUCCUUGACAAGAAUAGAGUGGGAGACCUAAUUUCUAGACUCUCUUCGGACGCCAGCAUUGUCUCUAAAUCACUGACGCAGAACAUGUCCGACGGCACACGAUCUUUAAUUCAAGGUUUCGUUGGUUUUGGUAUGAUGAGUUACAUUUCUCUGAAGAUGACCUGCGUCAUGAUGCUCUUGGCACCUCCGUUAGCCGCCAUGGCUUUGAUCUACGGGAAAAGAAUACGAAAUCUAUCUCGAACUUUACAAGCGUCUGUGGGAGGUUUAACCAAAGCCGCAGAAGAGCAACUUUCGGCAACUCGGACCAUCCAGGCUUAUGGUGGCGAGAAGCAGGCUAUCCGUCAGUAUGCUAAAGAAGUACGACAAGUAUACCAAGUGGGUCUUAAGGAAGCAAUCACUUCAGGUGGAUUUUUUGGUCUUACGGGCUUAGUUGGGAACGUUGCGGUGUUGGCAUUGCUGCUUACCGGCACGUCGAUGAUUCGCACUGGGGCUAUCACAGUUGGUGAUUUGUCUAGCUUCAUGAUCUAUGCUGUGUACACCGGAAGCUCUCUGUUUGGAAUGUCAUCUUUUUACUCGGAACUGAUGAAAGGUGCAGGGGCAGCGGCAAGAGUAUUUGAGCUGAAUGACCGUAGACCCGCGAUCCAUCCAACUCGUGGUAUAGACCCAGGUUCACUAGCCGGAAAGGCUGUCGAAUUCCGAAACGUGAGGUUUGCGUACCCCAGUCGUCAUCAACACAAGAUUUUCCAGGAUCUGAACCUGCGAAUCAACGCUGGCGAACAUGUUUGUAUCGUUGGACCCUCGGGUGGCGGCAAAUCUACGGUAGCGUCGCUGCUGCUUCGUUUCUAUGACGUGGACAAUGGCGCUGUCACGGUAGGUGGACAAGACAUACGGACCUUCAAUUUACGCAAAUACAGACGCUUACUGGGCAUAGUGCAGCAAGAACCAUUGCUGUUCAACGGCACUAUCCUGGAAAAUAUUGUUUACACGGUGCCGCCCGAAAUAGCUGAAAACGAGCAGCGUGUCUCGCAAGCCAUUGGGCGGGCCAAUUGCUCUGCCUUCUUGGCCAAUUUCCCAGACGGACUCCAAACGCUCGUUGGUCCCAGAGGCACCCAGCUAUCAGGAGGCCAGAAACAGCGGAUCGCCUUGGCACGCGCUUUUCUGCUAGAACCAGAGCUGCUGAUCUUGGACGAAGCUACUAGCGCCUUGGACUCGCGCAGCGAAGAAGUCGUGGCCCGCACGCUGUACGCGCGAAGCGCCAGCGGUAAGACCACCAUCUCUAUCGCACACCGCGUGAGCACCAUCCAGCACAGUUCCAGAGUCAUUGUUCUUGACAGAAGCGGCUGUGUGGCCGAGACCGGCACUUUCGACGACCUGAUCUCUCAGACCGAUUCUCAGCUCAACAAGCUGCUGCGCAAAGAGGAAGACACGCCCGAUGGUCACCAGGAACCCGCGCCGCACUAUCACCAAGCCGACGCCGCUGAACCGUCCGCUGAAACGGCAGCUUCAACCGUUAGUCGUUAA